AUGUUCGAAACCCGAGUCCACACGAAGACAAUGGCAACAAGCAGAAGGUGCGAACGCUCCCAAGCAGGCCCCGGUUUGGAAAACGUGAUAAAGCGGUUAUUGUGUGUCCGAACUUUUCACACAAGAAUUGGAGGAGAUUUAACACCAGGAAUAAUAAACAGAGGGAGGCCGGCUAAUGCAGAGCAGAUGGGCCCACAGAGUAGCGCUGAGCAUUUCAACGUCUUUCCCCUCGACCCUUGGACCCAAGAUGACGAGUGCUGGACUCGUUAG